UAUUGUGGCUUGUGAGGCGGAUUGAGAGGGAAACCUCACUUAAGACAAUAUCCCGUCUUUGAAGAGAAGCAGUGUGCCGUUUGUUCAACAGCAACACUUGUUGGUGAGGCUGGGUUUUAAGGACCAUAAUCACCUACACGACACGUAGCUGUAGCCUCUAAUCCGUCCCAUUCGAACUUUACGCCUUUUUAGCCUCAUAUCAUCCUUUCGUGCUUGCAUUGCAAUGGAACAAAAGGUUGAACCGAAAAAAGGAGACUCGAAGAAAGGAGCUAUUGAAGGACAAGUAGUACCACAGCAUCCCGGAAGUACCAAAGUGGUGGAGGAAAUGUCUUCCUCUCAUGAUCAGCUAUCUUUUCGACCUAGCUCUCUAGAGAACCACAGCCUCGACCUCCACAAUGAUCAUUCUGCAGCUUCCGAACAUCGAAUAUGUCGCAACGACGAGAUCGAUCACUUCAAGGGUAGCAAAGAAGAGCUCAAUGACGAAGAGGAGAAUAAUGGACUCCUAGGAGGUGUAGACGAUAUUGAAAAUUCAACGACUCGGAUCGAAGAUUCAGGACCACGCACCUCUGAUGUUCCGGAACCGUACUCGUGGGAAUCUUGGCUGGGGUCCACUCAGGCAAUGGACGAGGGGACCGCGAUAUUUGAAUACUCAGACUCGGGGCCGUUUAAAGUCCUCAACGUUCGACCCCCGGAAGAUUACAGCAAUGAUCCAAAUAUCGUCGGUACGCUGUGUGUCAUGUGUCGCUGGAUGUUCGAUCAUCUGCGCUUGAUCAUUGACUACUUUACAUAUCCCCUGUACCGUCUGAUGUUUACGUUAAGCAUUGGAACUCUAGCUUGCGGCUUAAGCUUGCAGCAGACAGCGGUUGUAGAAUGUGUAAGAUGAUGUUGUUAGAUCUCAAUAGUAGCCACUUUACAGAGACGGACGAAUGGCCUUUGCAGAUUCAACUGAUCUUUGAAGAACGCAGAGUACUAAAAUUGUGGAUCUCAUGCGAAGUCAAUCACGCGUGGCUCAGAUCUGUAGUUUCCAUCUUCCCAGCGACUGUACAAGAUCAUAGAGGUGCCUUGCACAAUAAGACUUCAGAUGAAAAUGCUUUAAAUCUGGCAAUUAACUGGCUCAGACAGUGUGUAGCUGACCAUAGUUCUUGCGGGACAAGGAACCAUGGCGUCAAGCUUCCAUCUAGGCUACUUGAGCUCCAUUCGAAUGCCAUAAGACUUCGAGAGGCGUGUGAAGUCAGUAGAAAUAUGAAGUACGCUACACUCAGG